AUGGCGGUGGCGGCAAUGUGCAUCACAACGAUCGCGGAUAUCUGCCGUCACAGGUCGGUGGGCAACCGCUCGGCCUUGCCGUACAUAGCCAAGCUGAUCAGCUGCAUCCUACUGGCAGUGUACGCGGUCUGGCCCAAAGACAGCAACCUCAGCUCCCUCAUCAACAUCAUUGGUAUCGGCACGCAGGCCUACUGUUUGGUUAAGUAUCUCACCUACUGCACUGAUGUGUACCGCCACUGGUGCUACGUGUGUCUGGUAUCAGCAACAGUUUUCCUGGUGAGUAUCAUUGCGCUGUAUCUGUCGGAUGUCGAGGGAAACUUGGCCUUCUUCUCUUGGACAUGCGCCAUUUGCAGAAUUGUGCCGGCAAUUGUCCCGCUUCUGAACGUGGGUACCGCGGUGAGGGAGAACAAUAUGCGCUCUAUGCCAUCUGUCCUCUCCUGUGGGAUUGCCCUGGCGAACGCAAUUCUCUCGAUCGGGGUCGCAUGCACCGGUACUCGCUCUGAUGGUUCUGUACCAGAGGUUGAUAGCUUUCUCCUGUAUCCUAGCUUGGUGGCUUUUGGUUCUGGCGUGGUCCAAAUCUCUCUCCACAUCAGGCUCAGGUUGUUACUUCAGCAUCAGGAAUAA